AUGUCAAAAGGAUCGUUCCUACUGUUUCCAGUACUCUGUGUCGUUUGGCUAGCUGCGUUAUGCUUUGAUUUCUUGCAACAACCACGAUUGAACCACAGUUGGUACAUCUACAAGCUCAUUUUACUCACUAAUUUGGCAUUUGUCUUGAACGUUGUUUAUUCAACUCUGGUUGUGAUUGGCUACAAGUCAAAAACCAUAAAGGAAGUUGUAGAUUUUAUGCACUUCACAGCGAUGUUCCCUGUUGCAGUAAUUUUAUGUGGAAUGUUCUGGGGCUUUUACGUGUAUGACUCCGACUUGGUAAUGCCAGCUUGGGUUGCAGAAAUUGUCCCCUCGUGGUUGAACCAUAUCAACCAUACCUACUUAAUAGUUUUUAUACUUCUAGACAGUUAUUACCAUAAGAGAGAUGCUCCAAGCAACUCGACAUCAUGGAUGAUUUCAGUUGUUUAUGUGACAUUUUAUUUUAUUAUAGUUCUUGGAGUGAAAUACUAUAAUAGAAUGUGGGUUUACCCAGUUCUUCAGUCAUUCUCCAUUGACCUUUUUGUGAUCAGCUAUAUUCUCUCUGUUGUUAUAUUCUUCAUAUUGCUCAAGGCUGCCUGCAAGUUGAAUAGACAGUUCCAUAAAUCCAUCUUGCCUUCUGAGAAAACGGAAUGA